UUCAUCUAUGGAUGGGGACAUACUAUUAACAGCUCAAAAGUACAGACACUUCUUGGAGCAGGAUCGUGGGUACCGACCAUUAACGUGUUUGUUGAAAAGCUUGGUCCGUUAGGAUUAGAUACUUUUCGCAUGCUCGUCGUCGAUUUCAUGCACGAAUGCGAGCUGGGCACAUGGAAGGCCUUGUUUACGCAUCUCAUCUGUCUGCUUUAUGCAUUC